AAGUUGAAAAGACCGGUUUGGACAUACAUCAGCAACAGGCAGCAAGCCGGCCGGCCGGCCAGCCAGCAAGAGACUUUCUGAAGAGGCGAACGGGUGGAGGGAAAGAAGGGAGCGUGCCGUCGAUCCUACCCACCACACCGGGGCGCUUUGCCAUGGGAGACCACACACAUGGUCGGGGAGGUGCCCGCGCUGUACUCGCCACCGUGUUGGGCGUCCUCAUCCUUCUGCCCUACAGCCUUCUGGGUAAGCCUGCGGCAUCGGCGGGGGAGAAGGAGAACACGGGAAGCUCGACACUCCUACAAAGGGCGAAACGGAGCUGGGUGUGGAACCAGUUCUUCGUACUGGAAGAGUACACUGGUCUGGAGCCGCUCUACAUCGGAAAGCUGCACUCGGACAUGGACAAAGGCGACGGCUCGAUCAAGUACAUCCUUACGGGCGAGGGCGCCGGAGCCACUUUCACGAUUGACGACAGCACGGGAGACAUCCACGCCAUCCAGCGGCUGGACAGGGAGUUAAAAUCCCAGUAUAUCCUGCGUGCCCAGGCCCGCAACCGCCUGACGGACAGGCCUCUGGAGCCCGAGUCCGAGUUCAUAGUCAAGAUCCAGGACAUCAACGACAACGAGCCCAAAUUCCUGGAUGGACCCUACAAGGCCACCGUACCUGAAAUGUCCAAAAUAGGAACAUCUGUGAUCCAGCUAACCGCCACAGACGCAGACGACCCCACGUACGGCAACAGCGCUCGCGUGGUCUACAGCAUCCUGGAGGGACAGCCAUACUUCUCCGUGGACGCCAAGACUGGCCUGGUGUGUGUGUCCCUAGCAGACAUGGACAGGGAGACCAGGGAGAACUACACGGUGGUAAUCCAGGCCAAGGACAUGGGGGGCCAGCUGGGGGGCCUGGCGGGGACCACCACCGUCAACAUCACCCUGAGCGACGUCAACGACAACCCGCCCGUGUUUGAUCAGAGGCUAUAUCAGAUGAGUGUUCCUGAACUGGCCCCGCUGGGUUCAGUGGUGGGUCGCAUAUGGGCCAAGGACAGGGACAUUGGACCUAAUGCGGAGAUGAGCUAUAAAAUCAUUGACGGAGACGGCAAGGACACCUUCGACAUCAGCACCGACCCAACCAACCUCUUCGGCAUCAUCACCGUCAAAAAGCCGCUGGACUAUGAAAAAAAGCCCAGCUACACCCUCAAGGUGGAGGGGGCCAACACCCACCUGGACCCCGCCUUCCGUCACCGCGGGCCCUUCAGCGACAUCACCAUCGUGCACGUGAGCGUCGAGGACGUGGACGAGCCCCCCAUGUUUGACUCGCCGUCCUACUACAUUGAGCUGCUGGAGGAUGCUGAGACCGGGAGAACAGUCAAAACCAUCUUGGCGAGAGACCCUGACGCUGCUAACAACACUGUGAGGUAUUCAAUAGACAAGUCCACUGACCCCGGGAAGUACUUCUGCAUCGACAUCACCUCCGGGUCGCUGAUGACGGCGCGGGAACUUGACCGCGAGGAGAUAUCCUGGCACAACAUCACCGUCCUUGCGAUGGAGAUGAAUAACCCCAUGCAGAUCGCGAGCGUGUCCGUGGCUGUGAGGGUCCUGGAUGUGAACGAUAACGCUCCCUCCCUGUCUCCCUACUUCGAGGCGUUCCUGUGUGAGAACGCCAGGGCCGGGCAGCUGAUAGAGACCAUCAAGGCGGAGGAUUCAGACGAGCCUCUGAGCGGACAGCGCUUCCACUACAGCCUGGCUCCCGAGGCCGCCAACAACCCCAACUUCACACUGAAAGACAACCAAGACAACACAGCGUGGAUCCUGACGCGGCGGGAAGGCUGGUCCCAGCAGGACCAGUCCGUUUUCUACCUCCCCAUCUUCAUCUCCGACGGGGAGCAGCCGAUCCAGGCCAGCACCAGCACCAUGACCAUCCGGGUGUGCAGGUGUGACCCGGACGGCAACGUCAUGUCCUGCAACGCGGAGGCUUACAGCCUGCCGGCCAGCCUGAGCAGAGGGGCCCUCAUCGCCAUCCUGGCCUGCAUCUUUGUGCUGCUGGUGAUGAUACUGCUCAUGCUGUCCCUGCGGAGCCACCGCAAGAAGCCCUACCUGUGCGACGAAGACGACAACGUGCACGAGAACAUCGUGCGCUACGAUGACGAGGGCGGCGGCGAGGAGGACACCGAGGCCUUCGACAUCGCUGCCAUGUGGAACCCGCGCGAGGCGCACCACCUCCCACACCCGAGCAAGUCGAGGCAGGACAUGCUGCCGGAGAUCGAGAGUCUGUCGCGCUACGUCCCCCAGGCCUGUGUGGUGGGGGUGGGCGGCGGCGGCGGCAGUAGCGGCGACAGCAACGUCCACGGCUACGUCCUGGCCAAGCUCCUGGAGGCCGACAUGGACCCGUGUGCGCCUCCAUACGACUCGCUGCAGACCUACGCCUACGAGGGGGAGGGCUCGGUGGCCGAGUCGCUGAGCUCCCUCCAGUCGGGGGCGUCCAACACCGACCACGAGUACGACUACCUGAACGACUGGGGGCCGCGCUUCAAAAAACUGGCCGAGAUGUACGGGGUUCUGGAGACAAACACGCCUCCCAUGUGGUAGGGUGGAACAACGGGGACUUUUGACGCGGACAGAAAGAGAGGAGGGAAAACAAGAGACGAAGAAUCGAGACAUUCAACCAUGGUUUGAAAUGAAGGCAAAACAUGGUCAUUAACAGACUACGUGUGCGCGCGUGUUGUUUGAGAGAGAGAGGAUAUAGCCGAUGAGUGAACGAGACGAAUCCACACACCCAGACCCAAUCCCGGGGCCUCGGCCUCCUCGCAGCCUUGAUGGACUGAGGUGUGUGGUGUAGCGUGAGCAGCCUUUUAAACAGCCCCCCCCCCCCCCGCGCGCGUGCGAUGGGGACUUCAGACCGGGUCGGACUGGCAGACCUGCGAAUCGAGGCGUGCACAAAGGGACGGCCUCAAAGCACACGGUAGCUCCCAUAACGGACCCCACCUGAGGCACGGCACUUUGGUUCAGAUGGUUCAAAGU